GACACCGGGGGAACCGUACGAACGAGUCCUCACAACAGGCCUGGCCUUCAGCUCCCAGCCAUAACUCGGCUCCCCCUGACCCCAACCCGCCCACACUGGGGAUUUCAGUCAGGAUAGCGCUCCCUAUAUAUCAUUUCCUCUGGCGGGAGAGAUAGCGCCUCCAUAAUUUGCAGCCUCCAUAAUUUGCAGCCUCCCUUUAUUCGGUAUCUCCAGUGCAAGAAGCUCAGUUUAUGGGAAGGGUAGAGCAGCGAACUACAGCUCCCAGCAUGCCUUCCCCCUGAAUAUCAAGGGAGCCGAAGCUGGGAAAUGUAGUUGCUCAGUCCCGAAGGCUCCAAGUCUGUCUGACGCGCAGGCGAAGUAGCAGUUCCACCCCCAAGUCCCUUUAAUUCCACCCCCUCCCAACCCACCAACAAAACACAGACAGCCUUCCCUGUAUGAGCCACUGGCUGCCGAGACGCAAGUAACACCGGCUGCUCCGCAUUCCCACUGGAGGUGGGGGGAUUGCCCGAUGCUUGGAGCUGGUGUGUAGCUGCUUCCAUUGGGAUUGCUCGUCUCUAUCUGGCACACUGGUCCCAUGCUGUGCCUCUGGGCUUUCCUGUCUGGUUCCCCUGUCAGUGACUGAUCCCCUGUGUGUGCGCUCGGUAUCCCGUGUCUCAGUGUAACGCACCCCGGCAGGAGCAGCGAUGUUUGACAAGGGAAGGAUCCCCUUUGUAAUCCUGGACAUAGUCUGCGUGGUUCUGGCUGCCUUACCACUGGGCGUUCUAAAGCUGAUCACAAAAAAGCCGUAUCAGAGAGGGUUUUUCUGUGAUGACGACAGCAUCAAGUACCCUUUCCAUGACAGCACCGUCACAUCCACUGUUCUCUACGCAGUGGGGUUCACUGUGCCCAUUUGUUCUAUGAUAUUAGGAGAGACCUUAUCAGUCUUUUAUAAUGACUUGCGGUCCAGUGCCUUUAUCAGGAACAACUAUGUAGCCACUAUUUAUAAAGCCAUUGGGACGUUCAUUUUCGGGGCUGCAGUGAGUCAGUCGCUGACAGACAUUGCUAAGUACACCAUAGGUCGACUGAGGCCACAUUUCCUGGACGUGUGCAAACCCAACUGGUCCAAAAUCAACUGCAGUUUGGGCUACAUUGAGACCUUUGUCUGCGAGGGGGACCCAACUAAAUCCAGUGAAGCAAGGUUGUCCUUCUACUCUGGCCACUCGUCCUUCUCCAUGUACUGCAUGGUGUUCCUCGCUCUCUAUCUUCAGUCCAGAUUGAGAGCAGACUGGGCCAGACUACUUCGCCCUACGAUUCAGUUUGCUCUGAUCGCAGUUUCUGUCUACGUUGGACUUUCCAGAGUUUCUGACUACAAGCACCAUUGGAGCGAUGUUCUGACUGGUCUCAUACAGGGUGCAGUCGUUGGUGUACUUAUUGUGGUGUAUGUCUCAGACUUUUUUAAAGAGAAGAAGGGCAGUUUGAACCAAAAGGAAGAAGAUUCCCACACGACUUUACACGAAACAUCAACAAACGGAAACCACUAUGGAACUCAUCAGCCCUGAAUGGGGCAGGGGAAUUCCUCCCACACCUUGCCACUUAAUGCAAAAAAUAUCCUGCUUUUAGACAAAAAUAUUUAGAAGAACUGAAACUCUCUAAAAAAAAAAAAAAAAAAACCAAACAAAAAAAACAAGAUGCCUUUAACCCCUUCAGUACUGGGAAGGUCAGCACCUGCCCUCCAUGCUGAACUAUAUUAGCCCUUUGGGCAGCAGAGUGAUCCAUUAUCAUAGAUGAUGGAACUCUCUGGGUCUCAAAAGGUUAUUGGACUGCUGCUAUACGUGUUGGAUGCCCACUUGUAUAUAUUUAAAGAACACCCUAUGUAUAUGUUAUAGCUUUAAAAAUAAAAGUUUCUUUAUGCAUUUAUCAACUAUACACAAAAAAGUGAAAUGUGGUAUUCGAACUGUAAAUUUUUUUUAUUAAAAUAGUGUUAACGCAUUUUAUGUACAAAAACACUUGUAUAAUAUUGCUUUGCUCAAACAUUGCUUGUGAGCCAAAUUUAUACCACAGAAACAAUAAAAUGGUUUAUAGCAAAGA